UAAUUGUUUCCACUAUAAAUAAUGGCAUCAACUCCAAAGGCAGAAUCAUCUCAUAUUUCUCAUCAAGUUACUAUCUAUAAUUAAUUAAAUUCCUCGUGGAAUAUUGAAGAAGCCAUGUCUACAGCUGGGCAGGUCAUCAAGUGCAGAGCUGCGGUGGCAUGGGAAGCAGGGAAGCCACUGUCAAUAGAAACCAUAGAAGUGGCACCACCCCAGAAAGGUGAAGUGCGUUUGAGGAUCCUCUUCAACUCCCUUUGCCGUAGUGAUGUUUAUUGGUGGGAUGCUAAGGACCAGACUCCUCUGUUUCCUCGUAUCUUAGGCCACGAAGCUUCAGGGAUUGUGGAGAGCGUGGGCGAGGGUGUGACACAUCUGAAACCAGGUGACCAUGCACUCCCAAUAUUCACUGGGGAGUGUGGUGAAUGCACUUAUUGUAAGUCUGAAGAGAGCAACCUGUGUGAGCUACUCAGGAUCAACACUGACAGGGGUGUUAUGCUGAGUGAUGGAAAAACAAGGUUCUCCAAAAAUGGCCAACCCAUUUACCACUUCGUUGGAACCUCCACUUUCAGUGAAUACACUGUUCUCCAUGAAGGAUGUGUAGCCAAGAUUAACCCUAAUGCCCCACUUGACAAAGUUGCUAUUGUCAGCUGUGGAUUCUGCACAGGUUUUGGGGCUACUGUGAAUGUUGCAAAACCAAAGCCUAAUAAUACUGUUGCUGUCUUUGGCUUAGGAGCUGUUGGUCUUGCUGCCUGUGAAGGGGCAAGGGUUUCUGGUGCAUCUAGAAUCAUCGGGGUUGAUUUACUUCCCAAUCGAUUUGAACAAGCCAAAAAAUUUGGGGUCACUGAUUUUGUAAACCCGAAAGAUCACAACAAACCAGUCCAAGAGGUCAUUGCUGAAAUGACUAAUGGAGGAGUAGAUCGUGCUAUUGAAUGCACUGGAAGCAUCCAAGCUUCAAUCUCAGCAUUUGAAUGCACUCAUGAUGGUUGGGGUACUGCUGUCCUUGUUGGUGUGCCAAAGAAGGAUGUUGAAUUCAAAACUAAUCCUAUGAAGUUCAUGGAAGGGAGAACUCUUAAGGGUACCUUCUAUGGUCACUACAGACCCCGCACUGACAUUCCUGGUGUUGUGGAGAAGUACCUCAACAAGGAGUUGGAACUAGACAAAUUUAUCACUCACUCUGUGCCAUUCUCAAAGAUCAACACUGCAUUUGAUCUUAUGCUGAAAGGGGAGGGCAUAAGGUGCCUCAUCUGCAUGGAAGAGUAAAUCAAUGAUGAAUGAUGUUCCCUGCUGUGAGAACAAUGUUUCUGUGUUAUGUGAAAAGAGAAUUGAAUAAAUUUGGCAUGCAAUUCGGUUGUUGGAUUCAUGCUAUAUGAGUGUGUAAAGAGGUAACGGGGGGUGAUGACUUUCUUGGUCAUUGUCGUGGCUUUGUGACUUCUAUUGCAAAUGUUGUCUUGUAACUUUGUUGUAUUUUCGGCAAUAUAUCUAUAUGAUAUCUAUCUUUCUAUCUUU